ACAUCUUUGCUAAGGCGAGGAACGGAGCCUAUCGCCUGCUGAAGGUCGUCAUUGAGAUGGAGACUCUGGUGCUGGGAGGCACCAAGCAUGCGUCUAAGAAGUGGGACCAGGAGUAUGACGCCUAUGUGCUGCCUCUCCUACAGGAUGACAUGCCCUCCUACCUCCUGUACAGGCUGGACUCUACUAACAACCAGGGAUAUGAGUGGAUCUUCCUGGCCUGGUCACCUGACCGCUCACCUGUUAGACAGAAGAUGUUAUAUGCUGCUACAAGAGCUACACUGAAGAAGGAGUUUGGGGGUGGGCACAUUAAAGAUGAAAUAUUUGGCACAGUGGAGGAUGAUGUGUCUCUGAGCGGGUACAGGAAGUACCUGAUAGCACAGGCUGCUCCACAACCACUGACCGCUGCUGAGGAGGAGCUGAGGCAGAUCAAACUGAGUGAGGUACAGACAGACAUCAGUGUGGACACUAAGCAGCAGACGCUGACGGGCGUGGCCUUCCCUAUGCAACGAGACGCCAUCCAGGCUCUGGAACAGUUUAGAGAGAAGAGGAUCAACUACGUACAGCUGGAGAUAGAUUUUAGGAAUGAGUCUAUCAAGCUGUCCAGCACUACUCCUACAGAACUGAAGGAACUGCCCAAGAGGAUCCCCAAGGAUGCAGCCCGAUACCACUUCUUCCUGUACAAGCAUUCCCACGAGGGAGACUACCUCGAGUCUACAGUGUUCAUCUACUCCAUGCCGGGGUAUAAAUGUAGCAUCAGAGAGAGGAUGCUCUACUCCAGCUGUAAGAACCCUCUCAUCGAUACUGUGGAGAGCAACCUGCGCAUCCACAUAGCCAAAAAGCUGGAGAUUGAUAACGGUGAUGAGCUCACAGCAGAAUUCAUGUACGAAGAGGUCCACCCUAAGCAGCACGCACACAAGCAGGCCUUCCCCAAACCCAAGGGCCCCGCGGGGAAGAAAGGGGGGCGCCGGAUCACUAGACCACCAGGGGAUGGGGAAGAAGACUAAUAAAACACCCCUCCAUUUUAGUCCACAAUGGAACAUUCCACUUAGAAUAUAACCCUUUAUCUGGGUACGUCCCAAAUGUCACCCUAUUCACUUUAUAGUGCACCUCUUUGACUAGGGCCUAUAGGGCUCUGGUUAAAAGGAGUGCACUAUAUAGGGAAUAGGGUGCUAUGUAGGACACAGACCAUUGACAGGACUCCCUCCUAAUGCCCUUUAACCUCGUAGACAACCAGCCUGUAGACUAUAUGAACUAUGCACACACAGACCACCACACUAAUAUAAUAUAAGCCAUGACACUCAAACCUGUGAACUUAUUUACAUUAGUAGCUUGUUAUUUAGACAGACAGUAGGUGCUGUAUUUUCAUGAUGAUACGAGAGAGAGGGCGAGAGAGCAAGAGAGAGAGAGAACAUUUCCCUUUAGAACUCUAGCUAAUGUUUUUUAUUUCUCAUAUUAUUUUACGAUGUUUUUAAGAUAUAUGGUUCCCAUCCUGGUUCUGGAGAGCUGGAGGUUCUGGAGAGCUGGAGGUUCUGGAGAGCUGUAUGUGCUUGGGAAGAAGAAAGAACUUGUGGUUUUUCUAGUGAGGAUGUGAUACUGAUCUGACCACUUCACCUUGUUAUUAGUGCUGAUUCAAUGCCGACAAUGUUCCAGCAGUUCUAUAAUGCAUUGUGUUAAGUCAAUCAAUAGAGAAUGGAGUUACACAACCGUUAGCCCUUCAGGAUCAGUUGAGGACUGGGUCAUAUUCAUGUGGCACUAAGUGGAGAAAAUAAAACUGACUGAAUCAGGGAGGGACCACCUAGACAAUAAGAAUAGCUUGUUUUCGCUUUCCGCUGAUAAAUGUUUUAAAACGUUUUGCUAUGGUGUGCCUAAUGAAUAGGACCAUGCUGAUGUAGAAGCUUGAUUUGGGAGAGAAGAGAGGCCAUGUGUGGGUCUGUGGAUGUUGUUAAGAAGCCUAAUGCUUUUGGAUACAAUUUACUGUAUGGACUGAAUGCAUCUAAUUUGUUCUACCAUACCAUGUCCAUAACAAAUGUAUGAUUACGAGUCAGUCCGAAAUCUAGUUAGUGAUUUCUCUUUCCAUGUUCUUUUACUGAAGAAUGAAAUCCUAUAGAAACUAUUUUUCUAUGUCUGUGAUGUACUGUAUGUGUACAUGGUGUUCUGCGACUGAGAGGUCACACCCUGAAUCAGUUGAGUGUCAACCGUUUCAAAAAUAAUUUGUUUGUCAGUCUGUUUGAGAGAUAGAGUGCCUGUGUGCAUCCGGAAUGGCAACCCAUUUCCUAUAUAGUGCACUUCUUUUGACUAGGGCCCAUCGGAAAAGGCACCCUAUCCCCUAUAUAGUACACUACUUUUGACCCAGGUGCCAUUUCAGACGCAGACCUGUUUGUCAAUCAGGGUUGCUCAUUUGUGCAUUUCACAUCAGUGAUAUUAAUCUCACAUAAUAUGCAAUGCUUUUCAACCACAAUGCUGCAGGUUUUUCCCACGUGACAAUGUGUGUAUGCAUGUGAUGUUUA